AUUCACUAAACCCUAGCCUCUCUAUCUGCUCUGCACGACAUAUCCAUUUAUCAGAUUCGAUCUUCUCAAUCCUCAUCUCAAUUAUCGGCGACGUCUCUCCUCUGAUUUCCGACCGCCGGCUCCGCCUCUCAUCUCCAUUAUCGGGGACCUCCCCCUCUGAUUUCCGACCUCCGCCCGGCGCGCACGCUUCCGCUUCCGGCCUCCGUAUCCGACGCCCACGUCUCCGACGCCCACGUCUCCGUCUCCGCUUGACGACCUCAUUCCUCACGAUUUGGCUUCGCCUUGGCUUCAAUUUGGCUUCGAUUUGACUGAAUGUGUGAUAUAUAAUAUUGGCGUUGAGAUGUCUCUAAGUGUGAUGAUGGUCAGUUCUAUUGCACUACAACCUACAGUUGGAUUAAAAGAUCACUGUUUGAAGCCCAAAAGGAAUGUUCUAUCUAGUCCAGUUGGCCUGAAGCCUCUUUGCAUGCAGUUUUCUUUUGGGAGGAGCAAAGCUCAUACCAUUCAAGUGAAGCGUGCAUCUGUCAUUUGUUCUGGUGCUAUGAGUGCCAGAUGUUCUGCUGAACAGACCCAAACAAUAACCCGCAAAUCAUCUACGAUUACAGUUGCACCUGCACCUAUACAAGGAAAAGAAAAAUCCCCGGAGCUUGAUGAUGGUGGAGCGGGAUUUCCUCCACGUGAUGAUGGUGACGGUGGCGGCGGCGGUGGCGGUGGCGGUGGUUGGACUGGCGGUUUUUUCUUCUUUGGCUUCCUUGCUCUCCUCGGACUUCUUAAGGAUGAAGAGGGUGAAGGGACGGAUAAACGGAGAUGAGACAGAGUGAGGGGGAGAGAGAGAGAGAGAGAGAGAGAUU